AUGUCCGCAACCAUGCUUAGCCGUCGUCUGGUGCAUCGCGCCUCUCAGCUGAAGGUGCUGAGUCGCUCUUCUUCUUCGUCCGCAAAUUCUGUAACACCCAUUCCUGCGUCUCCAUCACCCAUCGCGAACCAAGCACCAAACUAUCCAACGACAUGGUCAACUAGCCAGCAGCCGCGCGCGGUCGCUCAGUCAGGUCCACGUUUUGAGCAAACGGUUAUCGAACUCCAGCCCAAUCCGUUGAGCGCUAUGGAGAUGGUUAACAGUGAGCCUAUUCGUGUCGUGCAUGGACGGAAAGCUGUUUGUGAUGGUGGAGGAGGAGCUCUUGGUCAUCCCAAGAUAUAUAUCAACCUGGACAAACCUGGUGCUCGGCCAUGCGGUUACUGCGGCAUCCGCUUUGAACAAGCUCCACAUGAUCACUGAGUAGAAUGCUGGGCAUGCGAAGCUGUCAACCAACAUAUGACCACUUAGAUAAUUUCAUUCUGUGUCAGACAGUGUUUUGCAUGUUUCUGAUUGCCGCCUGUUGCAAAUGUGGGUAAAAGUACAGCGGCGCUCUACAACGCCCAACCAGACUAAAUAUGCUACUAGAAUGGGGUAAGUAUGGUAAGAUAUACCAGGAGGAAUACUAGAGUCACAAUGAAUCCGGGCGAAGUGCCCGAUCGACCUCCUGGGUUCGGUGAGAUACGGUUUAGAGGGUGCACAUGGGCGGGUAAGAACGAACAGGUGUAGCAAUGAAUGAUUUGUAUGUCC